CAAAAGAUCACAGGACACCAUUACGAAAGUCUUGUUGAUAAACAACACAUUUGUUGAAAUCGAAUCAUGUAACACAGCAGAACCAGUGACACUUUGUUAAACAUUAAGCACAAUGUCAGGGCCAACACUGGUGGCUGUUGUAUUGGUUGUCCUUGGACUUGCCGGCCAAGUGUUAGGUGAUAUCCUUGUGAGAAAAGAAAAUGAGACCAUUACUUACUUUGAUGAUAUGAUGUCCAUGUUUGGCCCAAGUAUUAGCAGUAAAGGUGUAAGGGGCUAUGUGUAUGUAGCGAGCCCGCUGGAUGGAUGUAGCGCAGUACAACCACCACCCAUCAAGAACCUUAGCUGGAUAGCACUUAUUGCCCGCGAUAACUGCAGCUUUGUGGAGAAAGUGAGAAAGGCUCAGAACGCCAAUUAUAGUGCGGCCAUAGUUUACAACAGCUAUUCCGACGAUGAUGUGCUAUCAAUGGCAGGCGAUGGGAGCGACAUCAUCAUCCCAUCUGUGUUUGUGGGCUGGACAGACGGGGAGUUGCUGAGGACGCAGUACUGCUUCAACUGUUUAAACCUUGAACACAAGUCUGGCACGUACAACCUCUUCAUUGACAACCAUGAGCCCCAGUAUUAUAACCCCUACGUCCUGUGGCCCUUUGCAGCUGUCGUGGGAACAUGCUUCAUCCUUAUGAUCAUAUUUAUGGUUAUCAAGUGGUGCAGGGACAUUAACCGUAGACGCAAGUCACGACUGCCAAAGAAACAACUCAAGAAAAUACCUACAAAAAAAUUCAAGAAAGGUGAUGAGUAUGACUGUUGUGCUAUCUGCCUGGAUGACUAUGAAGAAGGAGAUAAACUCCGCCUACUGCCCUGCAGUCAUGCUUACCACACAAAGUGUAUAGACCCAUGGCUUACCAAGAACAAACGCUCGUGUCCGAUCUGCAAGAGGAAGGUCUUUCCUGGGGAUGACCCAGACACAGAAUCAGACAGCUCGGAUGAUGAGAGACCAACAGAGAGAACUCCGUUGCUAGGCAACAGUAGUGAGCCGAGUGGGCAGACUAACAGAAGAUCCACGUUUGACAGUUCAGGUUUACCCCCUCCUACUGGUGUUGUCCGAGUGAAUCCAGGUCACACCUGCAGCCAUGAUUCCGACCAAUCAGAGAGUGAGGAGGGGGCAGCGGGUGGAGUCAGGCAUCUUAAUCUGGGCCAAGAGAAUCCUCUUCUCUCAUUGGGCAGGGCACCAGUGCAUGAAAAAAGGCCAGCCAAUCAGAAAGUAGGAUCUGAAGAGAAGCUGACCAAUGAGAACCAAGCUGCUCCAAGUAGCUCAACCUAUCAGGACAAGCAUGAAACUGUGGUCACUGUAACCAAUGAAGGGGCAGAUAAUUCUGGUUUUAGGAAUGAUGAUUUCUCUUCAGAAGAGGAGGAUGGAGAUUUUGGUAACCCUGGUGAUGCUGAUGAUGUUAUGUAUGUUGGGAAGGGCAAAGUGGAUGAAAAGAAAAACAACGGUGUUGUCUGAGAUUAUGUACUUGGAUUUUUUAUUUCUGUAUAACAUUUGUGUAUCAGUAAUUUUGUACCUCUUUGAUAAGUGCAGUGUAUUCUUAAGGUAGAUUUAGGAUACCAUCUACAAUAUAUACAAUGAUAAAGUCAAAUGUUUAAGAUAAGUAUCUGUGCUAGUAUUUAGUACUAAUCUGUUUCAUGUAACUAUAAUGUAAUACUAUAAAAAUGAUAUAAACGUAGCAGGGUACAUGGUCAAUAAAUGCAAAUCGAGUGAUGCAUAAAUCAAAUGAAACAAUAUUUUGCUGAGCAAUUUUGAUAAAUUUAAGGUACUGCUGUAAUUGAUAUGCUUGAUAUUGACAUGAUUUACAUAUGUAUGUGUAUAUUUACUACCAAUUAUUUCUGAUUACACACAAACAUGUUUAUAAGUGUGCAAACUUGCCCAUAUUGUAAGACCCAAUGCAUGAAUAUAGCAGACAUUUUAUAUUGUCAUUUUGAAACAUUGUAUGUUAAAGUUGAUACAGGCUUUUUAAACAUAUUGAUGAAUUUAUUGAUGAAUAUAUUAAUCACCUUAGGCAUUUAAAAUGGGUUUUCUUUGGCAUUAAGCAUGUUUUGAUGAGGAGCAGACAUAUGGCCUUAUUUAUGGUGUUUACCGCUUUAAAAACAGUUUUAUCCUUGAGUGUUUGUUUAUCUAAAGAGUGCUCCUGUUCUCAAGUGGUUUAAAAAAAGGACUAGUGCUGUACACAUACAAACUUGGAUUUGGAAGUUAUAUUCAAACAGUUUGCUUAAAAAUUUUACAAAAUGAGGGCUCUGCAUGCACAAUGCUGACAAGACUUCAUAAAAAACAGGGGCAAUUACCUCGGUCUUGAGAUGAGCCUUCAAAAAGUAUGUUUUUAUUGUAUUAGUAGAACUCCUGUACAAUGAAUUGCUGGUAUUGUUAACAUUAACAUUAACGUUAACUCUAUAAGCAAAUGGAAUUCUUGAUAAACAUUUCAGAUGCUUCAUUCUGGUCACUUCUGUUGAUAUUGAUAAUUUAGUGUUUAUAGAGGCCUUCUUAUGAGGGCAAAUAUGCUACAAUCGCUGUUUCAAACCAAUAUUUCUGAGUAGUUAACUAUUUAAAAAGUAAUCCUUUUAUUUGCUAGUUUAGGUCAAGUUAGUUUGGUUUGCAAGUAUUCUUUUUAAUGCCAUAUAUGACAUUCACUAAUUUUUUUACGGAAACUCUCGGUCUAACAAUCUUUUGUAUAAGGCUGGUUGAAAAAAUGGCGUGAUAGUUUUUUGUUUAACUUUUACUGUGAUUAUUUCAAUAAACUAUUCCAUAUUUAUGUACAUGUAUGCAGGUAAACCCUUGUGUUAGAACUACUUUGACAUAAAUUAAUUAGCAAGCACUGAGUACCUGUUUUGUAAAUAUACUUAUUUGUUAUUAAGGAUUUUUAUAAUUAUGACUGUUAAUUUGUAUGUUUGCAUUGUGCAAUACACUGUAUAACCUAUUAAA